UGAUGCAAUAGAAAGUGUUGUUGGCUUUUAUUGAAUAAAUUCCGCAGGUGAAAGUGAAAAUCGCAGCCGUGAAAAAAUAAAACAAAUAUUUUUCUAUCAAAAGAGCAGAGAAAAGUGUGAAACUGUUUUCAAAACUAAUGUGCAAAGUGUGAAAAAUCGAAGUGUGUUUGACAUGGAGCAAUUGAAUAUAGUGAAAGAUACAUGAAGUAAAGGGUUAUUCCAUUUAGGCAAUUAUAUAUUUGCCGGUUGCAUGACUUUCUUUACAGCAACGCUUACCGACCUCGCCGCAACCACUGACACAACUGCAGCACCUAACCUACAAAGAGCGAUCGGGCGUAACCGAAGCAAUGGUUGAGAGCGUAUGAACAAAUAUUAAAUUUCUGGUAUAAAAUAAUAUAAGACGCUCAAACAAAAUGCAGGGCUUAAUUCCAAAAUGGUCAAACAUUCGCGUGCUUCCCUUCCGUAUGACUACCUCGCAAAAGGUUGUUUUCUUCUCGCUAACGGCGGGCGUAGCCUUACUUGGUGUGCUCGCACGCUUUCUACGGCGCAGAAAACCACCGCGUCCGCCUCGUCGUACGCGCAAAUAUACCGGUCGACGCACACGAAACAGUAUGCGCAGCCCUAAUGAUAUGAUAUCUAUAGCCGGUUCUAAGGCAUCUGCACGUUCCGGCAGUCCACCAGGUUCUACGGUCGCUUAUUCGGACCGUAUGUCACUUGCGUCUGGAUCCAUUGGUGCUGGAGCACUAGUAUCUACUACGCAAAGCCAGACAGGUGCUAUAGUUGUACAUCUAACCGCACAACAAUUAGGUGUAAUGGGCAUGGAAGCUUUGGAUACAGUUAUAAAUUAUUGGGAAGAUGCUUUAGCUGCGCACAAUUCACCGGGUGGCGUGCCGGCAUUACUUACCACUGCUGAAGAGUCUGAAUUUUGUCGUGAAAUACAAAAUUUACUUGACAUGGCCUACACGUUGCAGGAACAAAGUGAAUUGCUAUUCUUAGAUCAGCGUUCCGUGCUAUUUCGGGACGAACCGUCUAUAGAUGAGCUGGAAGAAGAUGGUCAUGCGCUAGAUGAUGGCAUAGAGGACGACAAACGUUCACACAGAUCAAUUAUGAGUCGCACCGGUUCCGAUCCAAAUUUCGAUUCGGCUGAAAGUUUUGCUUCGGCAUUAGACCAAGUGGCCGAUAUGCGCGAUUUUGAGGAAUUCGUAGACACCUCGUAUGAUCAAUAUCCAUUAUACAAUGCAGCGUUGAAACAUCACGACGAAACGCCUAUACCUUACCGCACUAUACGCACUGAUCUGGUGAACUGUUCCAGUGACACGGAAUAUUUGGUGAAAUUGCACUGCGUGCGUUUAGCAUUUCAAUAUUUGUUCAAGGAUCCAGCAAUUGGUCAAUGGGUCUGCGACACAGGACGUCAAAUACUUACCGACCUACUAUGUCUGGGCGAUAAGGACACUAAGGAAUUUCUCGUUGGUUACGAGGAUAUGGUGAACUAUUUGCAAAAUCCGAGUAAUUGGGAUGAGAUACAAAAGGAACUGGAGGCGCGUAAUGUCAAAGCGAUGACUUUUUAUGACAUUUGCUUGGACUUCAUUGUGUUAGACUCAUUUAGAGAUCUAGAUGCGCCACCCGCCAGUGUUACGGCGGUUGUACAAAAUCGUUUUCUCUCCAAUGGAUUCAAAGAAAUGGCACUCAGCACCGCAGUUUGGUCUGUGCUAAAAGCCAAAAAACAUGGACUCAAAUAUACUAACGGAUUUAUGGCUCACUUUUAUGUAAUCUCAGAGCAAUUAUCACCACUCAUGGCCUGGGGUUUCUUUGGACCCGAUGAAAAUUUGCGCGACAUUUGCCAUUACUUCCGCGAUCAAAUGCUGGGCUUUCUAGCCGACAUAUUUAGUUUUCAAGCCAGCCGUUAUACAACUGUCGAAGAGUUUGCCGAAGACAUACUGCAACACAUGAAGACGCGUGUCAAUAAUAUUGGCGUGAAGUUUAGUCAAUAGUUGCAUAACAAAAGUUAAUAUUUGACGUUUCACAAAAUAAAUUUAGGAAAACUAAAUCAAAUAGUUUUGAAAGGACUUAGAAGUGAUUUCAAAUUAUUAUUUCUUAUUUUUUAAAGUAUAUUUUAGUUAAGCGCUUAAUUUUAGUUAAGACUUUAAUUUUAGUAUUGAACAAUUUAAAAUUAUUACUGCAAACUUUGUAACGUAAACGCGUUGAAAGAAAUUGAAAGAUUUUUUUUUAUAUACUUUUGUACAUAUGUCGAUAUGUAUGCAUAAAUUUUGUUUUUGCAAUGAAUAAUGUGCUACCAAUUCCAUAA